CCAUAAUGCCUUUCGAGGGGGGAGUAGUCACCGCACGUGUGCGCUGGAUGUCUAGCAUAGAGUGAAGUGUGAGAUUCGGUUCUGGUACUUUGUCGCCGCUGUGUCGGGUCGACAUGGCCGCGCAGGAGGACCAGGCUCUGCUCUUCCUGAUCUUCCAGCACCUGAAGGUGAACGGGUUCACCAAAGCGGCUCGGGUUCUGGAAAAACACCUUCCUCAGGUUGAGGCACCACCAGCAGAAAGCCUGCAUGAUAUCUACACCGGAUGGAUGAAAUUAUGCUCUCUAUCCCAACAUGCAAAACAAGAGACGGAUGACAGCCUAAACAAAAAGAGCAUUAAAGUGGAAUUUAUCGCCAGUGAAGAAGCUGCAGAUUCCAAGCUCUGUGCCGUCUCAGGAGAAGAUGAAGUGAAGGCCAAGCUUCUGACAGAGUGUGAGUCAGACAUUGAGUCUUCUCAUCCAGAGAAGAACCCUGAAAGUGCGCUUGAGCCGCAGCGUGAUGCCACAACUUCUGUCCCGUUACAAGUAUUAAACGGCGAGAGCUCCGCCUCCUCUGACGGCAAAGUGGAGGAAGAAGAGAUGAGAGAAGAACUGACCAACAUCCAUCAAGAGGGUUCGGUUGAGGAGUCGGCUGAGGUGUCAAAUGAGGAAAAAGUCUCUCCAGCCUCUGUGGAAACGGUUAAAUCCAGUCGGCCUGAGUCUGAUCCGGCCUUAGACGGUGAGCCGACGGAAGAGCCUGAGGAAGACGGUUCAAAGGAGCUGCUCACACAUUCGAGCUCCACUGAGGUUCCAGAUGAAGCUCCUGCAUCAGAAAGAAUGGAUCCUGAUCCAACAAAAGCUCCGGAUGUUCUCGAUGAAGAGAAGGAUGAGGAACAGUCUGCUGUGGAGCCGUCUGAGCUCAUCUCUGUAGACCCAAUGGAAGAGGAGACCAAUGAUCAGCCAGUAGAGCUCCAAGCCCCGCCCCCUGCAGACUGUGCCACGGAAAAGACAAAAGAUGAUGAGGAGGAGCAGGACGAGGAGGAGCAGGACGAGAAGGAGCAGGGCGAGGAGGAGCAGGGCGAGGAGGAGCAGGAGCAGGAAGAAGAAGAAAAUGGUCAAAACUCUGAGCCUGUAGGGGGCGCUGAGCUCCCCUCUCAGCUGAAUCCUGAUGCUGCUGCAGAAGAGUCAACAAGCACACAAAAACAAACUGUAGCUGCUGACCUCCACAGGCCUCACUCUGAUGUGCCUGAAGAACCAGAUGCCUCCAUCAUCCUCAACAUCCAGACGGAUGUGGAAGCAGCCCAACAGGAAGGCAGCCGCUCUGUUCCGGAGGAAUCUUCUGAAAGCUGCGCAGACUCCAAAACUCCCAAGAGGAGGAAGAGAAAGAAGAACAAAAGAAACACGGAGACGCCCGAAACCGAAGCACAGGUCACAGACACACCCUCCGAUCCAGGUGACACUCCUCUGACCAGCAAGUCCUCCAAAAAGAAAAGGAGACGCCAGAAGAGGGGAGAGGACGAUGUGAGGGGAGAGGAAGAGGCAGCAGAGGAGCAGGAGGUGGUUCCAGCUGCUACAUCGGAGAAGAAAAAGGCAAAGAAAAGGAAAAGAGAUAAAGACAUGACUUUAGAAACCAAAACUACAGAGAUACAAGUUAAAGACUUGGAGGCAGAGGAGAAUACUCCAGCAGAAACAGAAAAGCCAAAGAAGAAAAAGAGAAAGAAGGAGAAGGAGGCGCCAUCUGAAGAGCCACCAGCAGAGGGCGAUGAGGAGACGGAGGAGAAGAUUGACAGCAUUGAUGAUGGCAGCAGCGCUCUGCUCUUCUCAGGAAAAAAGAAGAAGCGUCUGUGCAGGAAGCUGAGCGUGAGGAUCAGACCCAGAUUUCACGGGAAGAGGAUGAGCAGCAUCCAGACCAGACAGAAGAUGGGGAAAAAGAAACCAAAAGACGAAACAUUAGAUGAGAAGUCUCAGAUGAAUCCAGUCAAGAGAGCUCAGGCUGAUGACGAGACGGAGAUCAAACCACCGAAGGGGAGGAGGAGGAAGAAGAUGAAGAUCGUUACGGAACAGGAAGAAAGUUCCUUAAAGGAAAACAAGCCUCCUGGGAAGGAGGAGAAAUCCAUGGAAACCCAGUGGGAUAAAAACGGAGUGGGGGAAGAGCUUCCUGAGGAAGACUUGUCUCUUCUUUCAAAUGAAGGGAAGAAGAAGAAGAAAAAGAAGAAGAAGAAGAGAGUGAAAGAUGAAACCGUGGAGGAGAGCUCAGGUUCUGCUGAUGUGAGCCAGCCUCCACUUUCUAAGAAAAAAAAGAAGAGCAGCCUGAAGGCCGGACCGGAGGAUGGAGACUCUCACACUCCUGCAGUUUCUGCGAAAAAGAAAAAGUCCUUCAGCUAAACGAUUACCUGAUUGGAUCAGAGGUUUCUCCUGGAUCAGCCGGAUGAGGAUGUCUCCGUGUUGGACCUGAAAAGCCAAAUGUCAAAGUGUGUUUGUGCCUUUGUCCUUUACUCUUCUGAGGAAUUAGUAAAGGAACAGACGUGUCCUUCCUUUUCACUGUCUUUAGUUUGUCACCUCAGGUCACACGGAAUGAACCUGUUAACUGUGAAAUCCUUUCUGAGCAGCGUUUGAAGCCAUUCCUCUUUGAGGAAAAGUUUUUCAUGUUUGACUCAAAAUUGAGAUUUUAGAUAUUUUUGAUGAAAAUGAAAGUUUUGACCUGUGACUGUUUGGAUUCAGAUAAAAAUGAAUAAAUAUAAGCUUUAAAAUGUUACUUUGGGUGAUGGGAAGAAAGGUAUUAGAGAAACUUUGGUUAGAAAAGAUGUUUAAAGGGAUGAACUGUUACUCACUCCUGGGAAAUGUCAGUAGCAAACUGACGCUGUUCAAAACGUUGUUUACAGUCGGUCUUUAAGCUGUGAAGUUUUCUUAACUAUGCACCAAACUUUCUGCUGUUGGAGGAACUUUUUAAAGUUGCUGCAAUAAACAGAAGUUCUGACUCCCUCAUUUGUCUGUCUGAAAGUGGAACCAGCAGCUGCUGUUCACUCUGAACACGUCAGUGUGAGCCCGUUUCUGCAUGAAUUCUCCUCAUUCUGAUGACAUGUUUACACAGUGACAACAUGCAAUUAAACUCAGUUUUCCUUUUG